GGAGGCAGGAAGACAGGGAGAGAAUGAUACCUAGGAAAAUAGGCAAGCCUGUUUCAUUUAUUUGUAUCCUAAGCAGCAGUGUCAUAGAACAGACAGGUUGUUUCAGCCAACCAGACGGGAGCAGCUGCGAGUCCUACAUCUUGGCAGUCCGAAGCGAUUGGCUCCUCUCUGGGGAGUGGAGGGUGUUCAGUUAUUAAUGACCGCUGAGCAGGCAGCACCAUGUCAGUGUGACAACUGAUCGGGUGAACGAUGCACCACUAACCACCAUGGAAACAAGGAGAAAUAAAGCCAGUUCGCAGGCUCUCUCUUAACUGGACUGAGCCUCAGACUGCCGACUGAGACAGAGUUCCGGGAAAAAGAAGGAAUCCCAGCUGCAGCCUCCUGCCUUCCUUUAUAUUUUAGAAUUCAGAGAUAAGAUCGCUUGCAUGUGCGCAUACCUGUAGUACAUGUCUGUGUCUACUUUAUUACACACACAUGCAUGCAACUAUUUACACCCGGGCGAGAACAGAACCAUGUGAUUAUUGCAACUAAGGAACAGAGAGAUCCAGAACACAGGGACACGGAAGGUGGUCACAGAAACUGCUUUUGCAAGUUAUCAUCAUGGUGAUAUUCCUGCAAGUACCGAACAAGCAUGGGAUUUGAAUAUUAUACUUCUAAAUAAAUGAGUUGCUCAGUUUCCUGUGACCAUCUAUACAUACUCCAUCUUCAAAAAGUAUAUCAAUAUUCUGUCAUAAAGGAGAUAGCAACCUUCUUUUUUCCAAUAUGCAUAACAUUUCUGGACAAUACAAUUGUGACACUGGCACUUAUUUCCAAGAAGAAAAACUUUACAGUUCUAUGUCAUUCAUCAUUUGACAAAUGCAAGUAUUUUCCUUAUCAAUCAGCUCUUCCUGAACAUACUAGCAGUGACUGUGGAAUCCUUCAGGGCCCAUUACAUUUCUGAAGAAGAAAGAUAAGAUGAAGGACAUGCCACUCCGAAUUCAUGUGCUACUUGGCCUAGCUAUCACUACACUAGUACAAGCUGUAGAUAAAAAAGUGGGUUGCCCACAAUUAUGUACAUGUGAAAUCAGGCCUUGGUUUACACCAAGAUCCAUUUAUAUGGAAGCAUCUACAGUGGAUUGUAAUGACUUAGGUCUUUUAAAUUUCCCAGCCAGAUUGCCUGCUGACACACAGAUUCUGCUCCUACAGACAAACAAUAUUGCAAAAAUUGAAUACUCUAUAGACUUUCCAGUAAACCUUACUGGCCUAGACUUAUCUCAAAACAAUUUAUCUUCAGUCACCAAUAUUAAUGUAAAAAAGAUGCCUCAGCUUCUUUCUGUGUACCUAGAGGAAAACAAACUUACUGAGCUGCCUGAAAAAUGUCUGUCUGGACUGAGCAACUUACAAGAACUCUAUAUUAAUCACAACUUGCUUUCUACAAUUUCACCCGGAGCCUUUAUUGGCCUACAUAAUCUUCUUCGACUUCAUCUCAAUUCAAAUAGAUUGCAGAUGAUCAACAGUAAGUGGUUUGAUGCUCUUCCCAAUCUGGAGAUUCUGAUGAUUGGGGAAAAUCCAAUCAUCAGAAUCAAAGACAUGAAUUUUAAGCCACUUAUCAAUCUUCGCAGCCUGGUUAUAGCUGGUAUAAACCUCACAGAAAUACCAGAUAAUGCCUUGGUUGGACUUGAAAACUUAGAAAGUAUUUCUUUUUAUGACAACAGGCUUAUUAAAGUACCCCACAUUCCUCUUCAAAAAGUUGUAAACCUCAAAUUUUUGGAUCUAAAUAAAAAUCCCAUUUAUAGAAUACGGAGGGGUGAUUUUAGCAAUAUGCUACACUUAAAAGAGUUGGGGAUAAAUAAUAUGCCUGAGCUGAUUUCGAUUGACAAUCUUGCUGUAGAUAACUUGCCAGACUUAAGAAAAAUAGAAGCUACAAACAACCCCAGGUUGUCUUAUAUUCACCCGAAUGCAUUUUUCAGACUACCCAAGCUGGAAUCACUCAUGUUGAACAGCAAUGCCCUUAGUGCCCUGUACCAGGGUACAAUUGAGUCUCUGCCAAACCUCAAGGAAAUCAGCAUACACAGCAAUCCCAUCAGGUGUGACUGUGUCAUACGUUGGAUUAAUAUGAACAAAACGAACAUUCGAUUUAUGGAGCCAGAGUCACUGUUUUGUGUGGACCCACCUGAAUUCCAAGGCCAAAAUGUUCGGCAGGUGCAUUUCAGGGAAAUGAUGGAAAUUUGUCUCCCUCUUAUAGCUCCUGAGAGCUUUCCUUCUGAUCUGGAUAUGGAAGCUGGGAGCUAUGUUUCCUUACACUGCAGAGCUACAGCAGUGCCACAGCCUGAAAUCUACUGGAUAACACCUUCUGGCCAAAAACUCUUGCCCAAUACUCUGACAGACAAGUUCUAUGUCCAUUCUGAAGGCACACUAGAUAUAAGAGGCAUAACUCCAACAGAAGGGGGUUUAUUUACUUGCAUAGCAACUAACCUGGUAGGUGCUGACUUGAAGUCUGUUAUGAUCAAAGUGGAUGGUUCUUUUCCCCAGGAUAACAAUGGAUCUUUGAAUAUUAGAAUAAAAGAUGUUCAAGCCAAUUCAGUUCUUGUGUCUUGGAAAGCAAGUUCUAAAAUUCUCAAAUCCAGUGUUAAGUGGACAGCAUUUAUCAAGACUGAGAAUUCUCAUGCAGCUCAAAGUGCUCGGAUACCAUCUGAUGUCAAGGUAUAUAAUCUUACUCAUCUGCACCCAUCGACUGAGUAUAAAAUUUGUAUUGAUAUCCCCACCAUCUAUCAAAAACACAGAAAACAAUGUGUAAAUGUAACCACAAAAGGUUUAGACACUCAUCGAAAAGAGAAUGAGACCAACAACACCACAACACUUAUGGCUUGUCUUGGGGGCUUUCUGGGUAUUAUUGGUGUAAUAUGUCUGUUCAGCUGCUUCUCUCAAGACAUGAACUGUGAUGGCAGACAUAGCUCUGUGAGGAAUUACUUACAGAAACCAACAUUUGCAUUCAGUGAGCUUUAUCCUCCUCUGAUCCACCUCUGGGAAGCAGGCAAGAAAAAAAGUACAGCCUUAGAAGUGAAGGCAACUGUCAUAGGUGUGCCAACGAACAUGUCCUAAAAACAACCAACUAAACCCACUUCAGAGGAAAACUCAAGACUGCAGUUGUGCUUGGAAAAAAGAAAGGCAGAGAAAUAUUACUUUCUAAAAUAAGUUUAAGUUUCACCAAUGCUGCUCCUGACCAAUGGAAAUAUGUACAAGUUCAGCAUUUUAAUUUACUGGUUUCAAAGGGUUCUGUGGCAACCAAAUAAAAUAAUUCCAUUUUCUAGAACUUUCAUGUAACUUUUAUGUCUGGACUACAGUUAAAGUGGACAAAACAUUUCUGUACUUUUUUUUAAGUAUAUAAGAGUAGUUGAACUGAGCAAUACCUCCUCCUGUUGUAUUACACAUAUUAGCCACGAGUUUUUGCAGUGACCAGGUAAACUUGAAUUGACACGUGGUGUAAUAAAAUGGACAAAUUCUGUAGAGUAGACACAGUGAAUAUGUGGACCUCUUUUAUAAAAAAAAAACAUACAUUUUGGAUUAAAAUUAAUUGCUUUUGUCUUGUUUUUGUUUCUAAAUAAAGAAUCAUUUCUGGGAAGUCAUCUGAUAAGAUAUCAUUUAACUGACAUUUUUUAAAAGUGUCUUUCCAUAAUGAAAUUUGGAAUGCUAACACUAAGAAACUUUUUUACUGGGUUCUGUAACUA